ACGUGUAGGCGCAAGCAUGACCAGAGAUGACCAGGGCGCGUAGGAUGUCGGCAAAGCUAGGGAACGUGCGGACAGACUUGUGCCACUAUCGUAUAUAAGUCGGUGACGAGAGAGGGAGGGGAGCAAGUGCUGAACAUUCUCCUAAGCAUACAGUUCAGUUCGACACGAAAGGGAGAUACGAUAACCUAUUUGGCACCAAACAGGAAUUACGGUGGUUCCUCUGCAAACUGCUGUUUGGACUACCUACAUUGUUAACCUUGCAAAUGAGAGCCUAGUUUUGGAAGGAGAAACUCAAACAAAGUAUUUAACUUGGAGUUAUUUGAUCUUUCCUGAGGAAGUCAGACAGUGAAACAUAAUUCAAGAUGGAGAAUAUGGAAGCUGGGAAGAAGAAGGGAGUGACCUGUUACCUCCUCUACUGCAUCACUACAGCCGUCAUCGGCUCCCUGCAGUUCGGAUACAACACUGGAGUCAUCAAUGCCCCUGAGCAGAAACUGCGACGGUUCUUCCAGAAUGUGUCUAUGGAUCGUUAUGGAGACCCCUUCUCCUCUGGGACUAACACCAUGGUUUGGAGCUUCGCUGUGGCUAUCUUCAGUGUGGGGGGCAUGGUUGGGUCCUUGUCUGUGGGGGUCAUGGUGGACAGGUUUGGGAGGCGGAAGUCCAUGCUCCUGGCCAAUGUGCUGGCCCUUCUGGGUGGAACUCUGAUGGGUCUGUCCAGCCUGUGUAAGUCCUUUGAGAUGGUCAUCAUUGGCAGGCUGGUCAUUGGCAUGUUCUGUGGCCUGUGUACGGGACUGACGCCCAUGUACGUGGGAGAGCUGGCCCCCACGCACCUCAGGGGGGCCUUCGGCACCCUCCACCAGCUGGGAGUGGUCAUUGGCAUCCUGGUGGCACAGGUCUUUGGUCUGGAGUUUCUGCUGGGGUCAGACUCCCUGUGGCCCCUCCUGCUGUCCCUGACGGCCAUCCCUGCUGUGGUGCAGAGCAUCAUGUUGCCCUUCUGCCCAGAGAGCCCCCGCUACCUCCUCAUCAGCCUCAACCAGGAGGAGGAGGCUCGCAAAGCCCUGGUGCGUCUGCGUGGCUGUGAGGAUGUAAGUGAUGACAUCCAGGAGAUGAAGGAAGAAGGGAUGAAGAUGGCCAUGGAGAAGAAGGUCACUAUUCCAGAACUCUUCCGUUCGCCAGCCUACCGUCAGCCAAUCAUCAUCGCCAUCAUCCUGCAGCUCUCCCAGCAGCUCUCUGGCAUCAACGCGGUAUUCUACUAUUCGACAGGUAUAUUUGACACUGCCGGGGUGACCCAGCCCAUCUACGCCACUAUAGGAGCUGGGGUGGUCAACACUCUAUUCACAGUGGUGUCUCUCUUCCUGGUGGAGAGGGCGGGACGAAGGACCCUACACCUCAUCGGAUUGGCUGGAAUGGCUGUCAGUGCUCUGCUCAUGACCAUCUCCCUCUCAUUGGUGAAGACCAACCCGUCUCUGAGCUACCUGGCCAUCGUGGCGGUGUUUGCCUUUGUGGCCAGUUUUGAGAUGGGUCCAGGUCCUAUCCCAUGGUUCAUAGUUGCUGAGUUGUUCUCCCAGGGGCCUCGGCCUGCAGCUAUGGCCGUCGCCGGCUGCUCCAACUGGACCGCCAACUUCCUGGUCGGGCUGGGCUUCCCCAAACUGGAGGAGCUGUGUGGUCCUUACGUCUUCAUCAUCUUCAUGAUCUUCCUCAUAUUCUUCUUCGUCUUCACCUACUUCAAAGUCCCGGAGACCAAGGGGCGGACCUUUGAUGACAUUGCCAAAGGAUUCGCCGGCACUGCAGGAGCCCAAUCUCCUCCCCCAGAGGGUAUGGUCACCCUGCCCGUCUCCCCGACGACGGAGAAAGUUCCAAUGGUUGAGUUUCCGACGGAAGAGAAGUAAAAUAAGUGAUCGUCAGCGAAUCCGUAGAUAGUGGAACAGUUAGAGAACAGGGUUACAGGGUGAGACAAGCCCCUUGUGCAUAGAUACUGUAAUGUAGGGAGUAUAACUUUUUUUUAUCCAUUUGAGGUUGAAUUGGACUUUUAAAGUGCAGGACUAGAGAUAUGCACUGUUAUGGAGAGGAGCUUCCAUAUGAAAUAGCAGCUUAGUGUCGGGUGUGUGUAUAGUGUGUGUUGGGAAUAGGGUUGGGGAUGAUAAUGCAGGCAUCAUGAGAGUACGUGUUAAAGAGGAUUUAUGUUUACUGUGUGUCAGUGUGUGCAUGUGUGUGUGUGCCUUCAGUCAUUUUCAUUUAAACUACCUAAAGUAUUUAUUACUGUAAGUUAUUAAUGAUAAUUUGUAAUUAGCUUUUACCAAUGCCCAAGUAAUUUAUGACAUUUAUUUUUAGCUGACUUAACUCAUAGACGUCAAUCAUUAGUUAAUCAAUGACCAAUUACAAGUAAAAACCUUUAUAGUAUUAGCAUUUAUAAGGAUAAACAUUCCAUCAAAUAUGUUCAGUAAUAAACUUCCCAUAUUGUCCUUCACUUGGGUUCAAAUGGGAAUAGGAUUUGGGUUGAUGUGUACUGAGUUCAGUGGGUUUGGGAGGGCAGUACGGGAACCUAAACAUCCUCUCUGCCUGGUGUAUCCUAAUCUAGCCUAUAUGUUUCUCUGCCUGGUGUAGCCUAACCUAGCCUAUCUGUCUCUCUGCCUGGUGUAGCCUAAUCUAGCCUAUCUGUCUCUCUGCCUGGUGUAUCCUAACCUAGCCUAUCUGUCUCUCUGCCUGGUGUAUCCUAACCUAGCCUAUCUGUCUCUCUGCCUGGUGUAGCCUAACCUAGCCUAUCUGUCUCUCUGCCUGGUGUAGCCUAACCUAGCCUAUCUGUCUCUCUGCCUGGUGUAUCCUAAUCUAGCCUAUAUGUCUCUUUGCCUGGUGUAUCCUAACCUAGCCUGUCUGUCUCUCUGCCUGGUGUAGCCUAAUCUAGCCUAUCUGUCUCUCUGCCUGGUGUAGCCUAAUCUUGCCUAUCUCUCUCUCUGCCUGGUGUAUCCUAACCUAGCCUAUCUGUCUCUCUGCCUGGUGUAUCCUAACCUAGCCUAUCUGUCUCUCUGCCGGGUGUAUCCUAACCUAGCCUAUCUGUCUCUCUGCCUGGUGUAGCCUAACCUAGCCUAUCUCUCUCUCUGCCUGGUGUAUCCUAACCUAGCCUAUCUGUCUCUCUGCCUGGUGUAUCCUAACCUAGCCUAUCUGUCUCUCUGCCUGGUGUAGCCUAACCUAUCCUAUCUGUCUCUCUGCCUGGUGUAUCCUAACCUAGCCUAUCUGUCUCUGUGCCUGGUGUAUCCUAACCUAGCCUAUCUGUCUCUGUGCCUGGUGUAUCCUAACCUAGCCUAUCUGUCUCUCUGCCUGGUGUAUCCUAACCUAGCCUAUCUGUCUCUCUGCCUGGUGUAUCCUAACCUAGCCUAUCGGUCUCUCUGCCUGGUGUAUCCUAACCUAGCCUAUCUGUCUCUCUGCCUGGUGUAUCCUAACCUAGCCUAUCGGUCUCUCUGCCUGGUGUAUCCUAACCUAGCCUCUGUCUCUCUGCCUGGUGUAUCCUAACCUAGCCUAUCGGUCUCUCUGCCUGGUGUAUCCUAACCUAGCCUAUCGGUCUCUCUGCCUGGUGUAUCCUAACCUAGCCUAUCUGUCUCUCUGCCUGGUGUAUCCUAACCUAGCCUAUCGGUCUCUCUGCCUGGUGUAUCCUAACCUAGCCUAUCUGUCUCUGUGCCUGGUGUAUCCUAACCUAGCCUAUCGGUCUCUCUGCCUGG